AUGCAGAAUGUUCUGCUGCAGGAGCCAGAUCGUUUGCUGUCGCCGACGGCAGUGCUGUUUCGCCAGGCAGGCCACUGCUUUGAGUACAGCACACUGCUGUGUUCGCUGCUCAUUGGAACUGGUUAUGCUGCCUAUGUUGUGUCUGGCUAUGCUGCUCGUGAGUUUUGCAAUAAUGACCAGACGAUGGUCACCUGUCCUCGGCUCAUUCAGCCACCACCACCAGAACCAGAGAAACAGGAAACUGUAGUUUCCAAAUAUCAGGUAGAGCCUCCUCCUGAUCUUCGCAGCCAGUUUCUGAUAGAAAUGGACAGAAGGGAAAAACAACGAGCAGCAGAUGAUGAGCGAAAGAGACAGGAAGAGAAGCGACGUGCUAUUGAGGAAUUUGAGCGUCCGCCACCAGAUGAGUUACAUGGAUUACGUCUGCAUAGCUGGAUUCUUGUGCUGCCACCAAAUAAAGAAGUAACAGAACCAUUUUUUAUAGAACCACCUACUGGUAAUAGGUAUCAAGUUGAUGACCCACAUUACUUGGGAAUUGAAAGUAUUUGGAAUGAUACAAAUUACUGGGUCAAUUUGCAGGACUGUUCAGAAGGUUGCAAGAAUUUGCAGUUUGAACUGAAUGACAAUGAAUGCUGGGCACAUAUUUUUGUUGGCGAGCCUUGGUUCACACGGAAAGAAACUGGUGAAACGGAGGGUGAUCCUCAACACAUCAUGCAGGAAAAACAUCUAGAUAUUGCUCCUUCUUGGGUACAGAGGAUUGAGAUACCUCGUCCAGUUUUCCUGAACCGAUAUCCAAAGGGGCAAAAGUGCACGUUUUAUAAGAAGGCAAGAGAGGAACAUUUUGCACCAUAUGUGCAGGCUGAUGGUUUGGUUACCAGAAUCACCACAUAUAGUGACUAUGAAUGGGAAGAUGCUGAAGUAGUGUAUGAGUAUUACAAAAACCGCAAAGAUCUGCUCUGUGAAAGGAAGCAUAACUUGAAAACGGAAUCUGCAGUGGAACAAUUCAGCAGAGGGCGAAAGGAUUCAUUGAAAGAACACUUCUAUUAUACAAUGCACAUGACAGUUGAAGACAUACAUGUCAUAAAAUUUUAUAAUGAAGCACGUUUUGAUGACCUAGAGAAGUUAGAAAUGCAUCCAGAAUAUUUGAAAGAGCACUUCAAGAACCGCAAUGACUUACUUUACUUUCGGAGCACAAUUUUUGAACCUAAACUCUCAUAUUCUGAUGAAGGAGGAGAUGGAAGAAGAGUUGUUAAGAAAAUAACAGAAAGAUUCCUUCGGAAUCCAGACAAAGCACCAAAUGAAGAUGUUGCUGAAAGGGUGUUUGCAUUAGCAGAAAAUGAGAUCAGGUUACGAUACUACCAUGGACCUCACCAAAUAACUGGGGCUGUCCGAGAAUUCAUAAAGCCACCUCUGUCUGAAAGAGGCGAAAAUCUGACAUUUGAUCCUGAUCUCACCAAAGGCCACCAAUAUGACCCCGGUGCACCAGAGCCAAAAAACCUUACAUUGUACUAUCUAUUAGAUGAGAUGCUCAAAACAGAAGAGAAAUCAUUAAUUCAUGUCCGUGAUAUAGAAAAUGAGGUUGAUGAUAUUCUCAGGACGAGAGACCUCGAAACACGGACACCAAAGCUACUUACAUCUAUAUUUGACAGGGAAAGAAAUGUGGAAGCAAAGCUGGCCAUGAAAGAGAAGGAACAACAAAAAAUUGAAAAACAAAUAAGGGAAGUUGAGGCUGAAACUGACUAUUUAGCUCCAUACUUGGCUCGUAUUGGGAAUCCGCCAACUUUGACACGUCAGCAAGCGCUGAAGAUAAGAGAAGAAUGUCUAAGUGAUUACAAGCAAUUUCUGGUGGACAGAGCUACAAACAUACAGAACCUGUUCAUUAAAGGAUCUCAGGCAUUACAGGCAAAAUCAGUAUGGAUGGAAGAAGAAAGGGACAGUGUGACUGCAGGAGAGGAAGAAGAAUAUUUAGAAUCUGUAAAUGAAACAAAGUUUCACUUACACACAUUGGAAAUUCGUCUUAAUCGUCACCGUGAAAAUGCCCCUCUCAGAUAUCUCCAAAUGGAAAGUUACCUCCGUGGAGAUAAACGUUUAGCAGUGCUUCACUCUUAACUGUAAAAGAACAAUUUUAGUACUUCAAUCUUACUAAAUUUCUGUAAAAUAGCAAUCUUAGACGCAAUAAAGUCACUCAUUUUUCAUUCUUAAUUACAGCAGUCCAUAGUAUUAAAGCAUGAGUGAAUAAAAUAUUAUGUUACAGUUGGGAAAGCGUUAUUCAUCUAGUUGAAUUCAACAGAAAAAUUUGUAUUACGUAUGUGAUUUUAAGCAGUCGCUGUUACUGAUGUAUACUGGCAUGAUAACAUAGGAAAGAACGGGCCUAUGCAAUGCACAGCAGUCCUACACAGCAGUGCACUGCAUAAAGUUCUUAUACACAUUAUGGGGUUUGAGUUAGUCCUUUGGAUGUAUCUAAAUUUGACACCAGAAGAACCUGCAGUCCUACAAAUUUGGGGUCAGAGGCUGUGAUUACUGACAUCCUACAAAUUCGGCAUCGGGACAACUGACAUCAGCUACUGCCACCAUCAGAGAGCCACAACUGUAUGUCAGCAGCCAUCAACAUCUGCCCAUCACACAGUGCAGUAAGUGAUCAAUUUUAGUUGGCCUGUUUUCUGUUUUCUUUCAUGUCAUGGGGUCAUGUUGACUUGGAAGAAUCUACAUAGGACAUUGUGUAGGCCACAAGAACCUGCAGACCUUUCAUAGUUCCAGGAUAACUGUAUGCACCAGAAUAACUGAAUGCAGACCUUUCAUAGUCCCAGGAUAACUGUGUGGAAGAGUGGUGCCAGCAUUGUAAUUUGUAAGGGCUUGUAUUACUGUGUACUAAGGCACUGCCAAACCCCUAUUUUACAUUAUUGUGCGGUCCAGACUAGAAUAACAGAAAAUUGAGGAAAAUGUGGA